AUGAAUAUUUUUCGGCUCUCCGCUGAUAUGGCCCAUCUGGUGGCCAUCGCCGUCUUGUUGGCCAAAAUAUGGAAAACUAGAAGUUGCGAAGGUUAGCAAUUAAAAUUUUUUCGUUCUUUUUUUUUGUUUUUAUGUCGUAGCUGGUACAUAAUCAAUAAGGUUUUUAGUAUCUGAUCAAUAAGGUUUAAAUACUGAACUGAAAAUAAAAACUUUAGUAAAAUUUAUCUGUUUGUGCUGUCUGUUCGAACUAAUUGAAAAUCGUCGUUACAAAACAAGAUAAAAAACAAAUCUAGUGAAAAAAAAGAAAUUGACGCCUUAAGGUAGUCAUUUUUUGCCAUGCGAAGGGCGUAAAACUUUUUAACUGAUCUCAGAGGGGUUGGAGUGUGCCAAAGUCUUUGAAAAAUUAACAACAGUCCCAGAUUUAAUAACAAUCAUUUAGUAAUAAUGAAUUUUCGUUUUAAGUUUGUUAAUUUUUGGAAAAAAAUAAUAAUUUAUAAAUUGGUUCAAAAGACUUAAAUUUGGUCAGAAAGUCGUUGAAAUUAAGCAAAACCGUUGAGCUUGAACUUUUGUUUAAGCUUGCUAGUCAAAAACUUAUUUUCAGGAAUAUCUGGUCGUUCUCAAAUGCUUUUCGCGCUUGUCUUCGUCUCUCGUUACCUCGAUCUGUUCACCAGCUUUUAUUCUCUCUACAAUACGGCUAUGAAAGUUUUCUUCUUGGCCACAUCAAUCGGAACCGUUUACCUCAUGUGGAUAAAAUUUAAGGCCACGUACGAUCGGUUUGUUAUUUUUUUCUCACAAUUCUUUGAAAAAAAAGUGUUUACAUUAUAGAAAUAACGACUCUCUACGGGUGGAAUUUCUUGUAAUUCCAUGCGCCAUUCUCGCUCUGCUCAUCAACCACGAGUUUACUGUCAUGGAGGUUUUCUUUUUCUCAUUUCGAGUUUUUGGAAAAUUCAAGUUUUUUUCUUUUUUUUUGAGUUCCUAAAUUUUCGCAAAUCUUUGCUGGAGAAAUGAUGAUUUGCUUUGGUAAUAUGUUUCAGGUACUUCUGCUUUUUCACUUUGUCAGAAGAUUGAAAAAUUUUCCUGCAAAACUGUAUUAAAAACUUUUCGUCAUUGGGAAAUGAAUCACAAACUUUGUUUUGCAGAUUCUGUGGACUUUUUCCAUCUACCUCGAGUCGGUGGCCAUCAUGCCCCAAUUGUUCAUGCUCUCGCGUACUGGAAACGCCGAAACCAUUACCGCUCAUUACCUUUUUGCUCUUGGCUCUUACCGUGCUCUCUACAUUGUCAACUGGAUCUACAGGUGAUAAAUUGAGUAGCCUGUUUGCCUCGACACAGAGAGAUUUUCAGGAGAAAAGUUUCUGAUUUUCUUAAUAACUGCUUUCAAUUACUAACUUAGAGAAAUGAAAUGUAUUUGCUUGAAAAAAUUAUGGUUUCACAGAGAAACAGGAAUUUUGUUUCAGGUACUACACUGAAAACUUCUUUGAUCCAAUCGCAGUUGUCGCUGGAAUUGUUCAAACCGUUCUUUAUGCCGAUUUCUUCUACCUUUACGUCACACGUGGUACGUUUUAAAUAAAUUAAAAUGAAAGUUGCAAAAUUUUACUAGAAUUUUGUUAGCUACUUUUUGCCGGAUCCAGUCAAAGUUUUUAUCAAGUUGUGUUGAAAGCUUGAAAUAUUGUGAAUUACAAAUAUUUUUCGAACAACUUUUCAAAUGUUCAGUUCUGCAAUCGAACCGUCAAUUCGAGAUGCCUGCCUGA